AUGGACCGCGAACAAUUCCGCGCCGCGGCCUACUCGGCCAUCGACGACAUCAUAACCUACAACGACACCCUCCCCUCGCAACGCGUCCUCCCCACCGUCGAACCCGGCUACCUCCGCCCUCUCAUCCCCUCCUCCCCGCCCGAAGACCCCGAACCCUGGUCCACCAUCCAAUCCGACAUCGAAACCAAAAUCAAACCGGGCAUCACGCACUGGCAACACCCGAACUUCAUGGCCUUCUUUCCGGCGGGGGUCACCUACCCCAGCAUCCUGGGCGAAAUGUACUCCGCAGCCUUCACGGCCCCCGCAUUCAACUGGCUCUGUUCGCCGGCCUGCACAGAACUCGAAACCAUCGUGAUGGACUGGCUCGCGCAGGCACUCGCCCUACCGGAAUGUUUCCUCAGCACGUCGACGAAUCGCGGCGGGGGGGUCAUUCAAGUAACGGCGAGUGAUACGGUCGCGACGAUGAUGAUCGCGGCGCGGGAGAGACGGGUGACGGAGAUGGUGCUGGCCGAGGGGUUUAAGGCUGAUACAGUGGAGUAUGAGGAUCGGAUGAUGGAUUUGAGACCGAGGUUGGUGGCGCUGGCGAGUAACCAGGCGCAUAGUAGUACGGCGAAGGGGGCGUUGUUGGCGGGGACGAGGUUCCGGAGUGUGCAGGCCAGGUUGGAGGAUAAUUUGGAGAUGACGGGGGAGAGGUUACGCGAGGUGUUGGAGCAGGCGGAUCGGGAUGGGCUGAUGCCGUAUUUUAUUACCCUGGGCAUGGGGACCACGAAUUCGUGUGCCUUGGAUCGGUUCAUGGAGUGUAAGGCGGUGUUGCAGGAGAAGGAACAUUGGAGGAGGAUUUGGGUCCAUAUUGAUGCGGCGUAUGCCGGGGCCGCGUUGGUGGCGGAUGAGUGGCAGUAUAUUGCGAAGGAGUUUGCUGAGGGCGUUGACAGUUUUAAUGUCAAUAUGCAUAAGUGGUUGUUGGUGAAUUUUGAUGCCAGCUGCCUCUUCAUCCGCAACCGCGAAGACCUCACCAACGCCCUGGACAUCACCCCCGCCUACCUCCGCAACCACUACUCCGACUCCGGCCAAGUAACCGACUACCGCAACUGGUCCAUGUCACUGGGGCGUCGAUUCCGCGCGCUGAAAAUCUGGUUCGUCAUGCGCAGCUACGGCCUCAGCGGGAUGAAAGCCUACAUCCGGAAGACAAUCAACCUCGGCGAGACCUUCGCAUCUCUCGUCCGCAGUCGGCCCGACUUAUUUGAAAUCAUCACGAAGCCUGCGUUCGCGCUGACGGUGUUGCGAGUCAAAAGCCCCAAGGCAACUGCUGUGACGAAUGGGACAGAGGGCGUGGCGCAGCCGGAUGAGGCGUCGAAUGAGCUGACCAAGGAGGUGUAUGAGUUGAUUAAUUCCAGGGGAGAGAUCUUUAUUACUUCUACCGUGGUGGUGGGGGUUUAUGCUAUUCGGGUGGUUAGUGCGAAUCCGGCGGCCGAGGAGAAGUAUAUUCGGAGGGCGUUUGAGAUUUUGGUGGAGACGGCGGAGGAGGUUAUUCGGAGGGGGUAGUAUCAUUUAGACGGAUGUCGUAGAUAUUAUGGAUUGUAGAGAUGAUGAUGAUGUGAUGGUUAUGGAUGAUUGGUGGAUAUUAGAGGACGGGAAUAUGGGAUGUACAUAGUUCUCACAUCACUGCGAUAGAAAUGAGAAUAGCAG